UUAAAAACAGUUUCUGAUUUAAUUGUACAAUUAACAGAAUGUUCCUUGUUGAAUUAUAACAAUUGAUAUGCAGAGACCUUCUUUAGGAAAAAUACUUAAUAAUUUCGUUUACAUUGCAGUUGGAAGAUGAUUUCAAACAACUUUUUCCGCAUAAAAAAGCUGCCUAAUAAACAAAUUGCCAUAUAUUGGGACAAAAGUGUUCAAAUUAGCUCAAAAAAAGACAGAUAAUUAUCUUGGGGAGCUUAUUGCGCAGUUUACAAUACAAAAUUGUACAAAACCAUUAGUUUUAUGUUUUAUUCUAAUUUCAUGUAAUUUUAUUGCAGAUGCAACAAGUUUUUGCUUUAUUCUAUUUUACCGCUUUUGUUUCCUUGCCUAACUGUAAAAAAAUAAACGUUCUGGUGAUAAAUGGAGACCAUCAAAAAUCGAAAUGAGAAAUGGGUUUCUUCUGUAUGUAAAGUGGAGUGCCGAUUAUCCGAACGUCGAUUAACCGAACGACCGCUUAUCCGAACUAGUACCCAGCCCGAACCGCGUGUGCUUACCCUCUCACACCUUCCGCGUUACGUACUUUUGUGUAUAGAGGAAAAUCUUCAAGGUGGAUGUGUAAAUGCGAAACAGGAAGACAUGUCUGAAAUGAUAUAUAUGCUAAAAAGCUCGAUUACCACGAAUGUGAAGAAGAAGAGGUUCAACAAUGAAUGGAUAUGUAUGAAGAUCCCGGGUACCAAAUUAUGAAGAAUAGCGAAAUUUUAGACCUCAUGACUAAUUCAGAUAAUGAAGAUGAAAACAUAACUGGUGCUUCUGAAGCGUUUACUUGCUUAGAUAUAGGGACCGAGCU